AUGUAUACGAAGGUCCAAAGGGCGACCAACGAUGCCAACCCUCUCGUGCGCACCUGGGCCGCACAGUACAUCGCCGAGCGCGGCAGCUCGCGGAUAACCUCCGACCGAGCACAGUUCCAUGCCGUCUUCGCCGCGAUGCUCUCCGGAUCCGGCGGCGCGCAGUGGGGCGCGUUCGAGGUGCGCUACGAGGACCCCGACGGUCCUGCUUGGCAGCGCGACGUCCACGCGAUAGUGUACGGCCGCGACACCCGCAACACCGCGCACAGCAUGACCGCGCACGCCCUGUUUGACGUCGGGGACAAGUUCGACACCACGCCGUUCGUGCAGACCACAAAGGCCCGCCGCGGGCACGGUCGGCGGCGCCGGCGGGUCCAAGUGCGGCGGUUCGGGAACUUCAUGUCGGGGCGCUGGGCGUACGACCGUGCCACGGAGAUCGCAGAGCACGGCGACCCCGCCAAAACGGAAGGCGCGAUGCUCGCCCCCAUCGUACUGAGCGCGGGCAGCAGCACAGUGUCGGCGACCGCAGGCGGCCCCGCGUUCCACCCGAUCUCCCUGUCCCUCGGGAACCUGCACGACGAUGCGCUCCGCGCGCACCCCAACGCCAUCCUGCCCAUCGCCUUCCUCGCGAUCUCACAAAAUGCUCACCAGGAAGUCGACCCGGAGGACCUGCGAGCCUUCCGCAGACAGCUCUACCGCGCGUCCCUAGAGAUGCUCUUCGCGCCCCUCCUCGGGCCCGUGGUCGUCGACAUGCCCUUGGCGUCAGGUGCUGAUGUUGAGAAUUCAGUUGACACUGAGGAUUCAGCCGAUGUUGAGGAUGUGGAACGCGACGGCGGGGAAGUGCCCGAGCUGGCUGCUGCUUUGGAGGGCUUGUCGGUUUGA